AGUCAUUCCUAAGACACCUGAGAUCAGGAAGGCUCUGACCAGGUGCAGGGAGUCCCCUAGGUCCAGUCAGCUUUGGGGACUAAAUUAGGUUUGGUGACUGGGAUUUCCAGCUGGUGGUGGCAACAAAAGGGAACUAGUGGCACUAAGGAACCCCAGUGUGACCCACAGCAGAGGAGGGGCCACCAAGCCAAUGCCUCCUAGAGCACUGGGUCCAUGCCCAGGCAGCCAGGGUCCUGAGGUGGCCAUGGACUUCUUCUAGCUGCCGCUUGGCCCCUGGGGACAUUUACUUUACAGGGAACCAGAAAACCACACGGGGACUCCAGGAUUUCUCCUCCAGGGACUUUCUGAGAAGCCAGGGAUGCAGUCGGUUUUCUCUGGGCUGUUCCUGUCCUUGUACCUGGUGACCAUCUUUGGCCACCUGCUCAUUAUCCUGGCCACCAUCUCAGACUCCCACCUGCACACGCCCAUGUACUUCUUCCUGUCCAUCCUGUCCUUUUCUGCCCUCUGCUUCACCUCCUCCACCAUCCCCAAGAUGCUGGUGAACAUCCAGACACAGAGCAAGGCCAUUACCUACGCAGGCUGCAUCACCCAGAUGUGCUUCUUCACUGUUUUUGCACUGCUGGACAUGGGACUUCUUACUGUGAUGGCUUAUGACUGCUUCGUGGCCAUCUGCCGGCCCCUGCACUACACGGUCCUCAGGAGCCCCAGGCUCUGUGCUCAGUUCUUCUCCUGAGCUGGCUCAUCAGUGUGCUGGGAGCCCUUCCUGAGAGCGUGAGUGGACUGAGGCUCUCCUUCUGCACAGACGUGGAAAUCCCACACUCUUUCUGUGAAUUCCCUGAGGUCCUCAAGCUCGCCUGCUCUGAUACUUUCAUCAGUAGUGUCAUAUUGUACACAGUGACAGGCAUCAUGGGGUUUUCCCUCUUGCUGGGAUCCUUUUCUCUUAUUCUAAAAUUGUGGCUUCUGUCCUGCGGAUCUCCACAGCAGGAGGGAAGUACAAGGCCUUUUCCACCUGCGGUUCUCACCUCUCAGUUGUCUCCCUG